GCCAAGUUUAGCUCUUAAUUUCUUCUCUAUUUAUCCAUUAUUUCCAAUUUUUAAAAUAUUCUUCCCCUUCAAGUGAUUUAUCUUGUUUCUUUUUUUGUUGGCUUGAAGGUGAUUAUCUUCUCCGUUUACUAGAUAAUCACCGAAUGACCUCUGAUCGUAUUUCAGGGGUGCUCAUGGGCGUUAAAGAUAAAAUGGCCCCUAAUCAUAUUUCAAGGGUGUUCAUGAGUGCUAAAGAUAAAAUGGCCCCUAUCAUAUUUCAGGGGUGCUCAUGGGCGUUAAAGAUAUUCAGAUCAAGCCAAAUCUGAAACGCUUCCUCAUGGGAAGUGGUGUGGGGAGGAAGAAGAAAGAGGUCACCAUGGCAAGAAACGUCGUGGAUGAUGCCUGCAGUCCUCCAUGGAUAUCAACCUGUGAGAGCUACACAUCACCGGCUACCUGUGGCGAUUCCGACUCCGACUUUGUUGUGGCUCAGAGAGAGCAAAUCGAAGAGCUUGAGCUCUGGUUUUUCGGAGUUUUCGAUGCCCGGGUUGGCGACCGGGUUACCAAGUACAUGCAGUCACAUUUGUUUGACAAGAAGCCUAAAGAGUCUCAUAUAAGGGGAAAGAGCAAGGAGACGAUGAGAAAGCCUUCUUGUGCUAGAAUCAAGGUUAGAGAGGCCUCGGAGGAGACGAACGGAGUCGGUUCAGUUUCCGCGAUGGUGAUCGAGGGGGAAAAGCUUGUAUUGGCUAACAUGGGAGACUAUAGAGCAGUUGUGUGGAACAAGAUCAAACCAAAAAAGAUUUGGUCACACAGGUUGUUUAGAGCAAAGACCAAAACUUGUAAAAGCUCAGACCUUGUUGUUGGGGUUGAAAGGGUCGAUCCGGAUACCGAAUUUGUUAUUUUAGCCAGCAAUGGCAUAUGGGAGGUAAUGAAGAAUCAAGAGGCUGUGAAUCUCAUCCGACGCAUCGAAAAUCCACAAAUGGCCUCCGAGUAUUUGGCGGAGGAAGCUUCGAAUAGAAUGAGCAGAGGCAGCAUUUCUUGCUUGGUCAUCAGAUUUGAUUAACAUGUGGUAACAAUUUGUUUGGCACUCGUUUGUUCAUCUUGUACGAGACACUUUUUGGGUUUGAUCUGAAUGUCAUUCAAACAACCACCCUCAAAGGGUAAGAACCCGAGACUUUUCCGACUUCGCGGCUCGACAAAAGAGAGAAAAUGGCAUGGUUGUUGGCGACCGUGAGUAUUCAGUAUCUAUUUGGGACAAAUAAUGUAUCAAAUUUUGCAUCAAGGAGCAUUUCUACUUGGGAUUUUUGCAACCCUGUCUCGGUCGAAACUUGAAAUCUAAAAGAAAAUUACAAGCUACUUCUCAGUUGUGGAAACUCUAUUUUUGUGCAUUUUCCCUCUAUGUGACAUCCACGAACCCGACAUCAAUCCCAUCCACAAUAAACUGCGUCCAACAACAAUCAUCGUUGAGCUUACAAAUUACGCAGAGGAGCGCUACAAACGAAUUCCGCAUGCAACGCUAACAAACUAAUAUGAAUGUCCAAAGACAAGUUAUACAACAACAAAACUAAGAUUUUACUUUUAAACAUACAGGAGACGAAAAUCUGUAGAGCUUUUAUGACUCAGAUUGCAC